UCCACUGAUGCCCCACCAACUGAACCAGCAUCAAGCACUUGAAUAAGAAGUUGAGCUACCAGUUCAACCACCUAUCAUACCAUCAAUUGUCAUAACCUCCGUUCUUUAGCACCAACUAGACCACCUCCAACUCUACCCCGAGCGCUCUUCUACAUUUCCGCUGAGUUCAAGAGAACUAUUUGAAGGACAACGUUUUGACAGAACUGCCACCGGCUUCGAGAGUUUUGAUCCAUACUACAGAACCAAAUUUCCCUUCUCAAAUUCUGAAAAGAAUCCCAAUCAAGAACCUCCCACAGGAAAUUAAUUAAUCUUUACAACCGCCACAAUGCUUAUCAAGUAUGUGCCAUCUAUCUACCAUAGCUCUCCAUACUCCCAGCUAUAACUCUAACAAAUAUCUAGGGUCCGAACUCUAACUGGCAAGGAAAUCGAGCUUGAUGUUGAAUCUGACAACAAGGUACGUUUUACACUGCGACAACUGUAUCCCUUCAUCUCACAACCUACUAAUAUAUCCACCUUAGAUCGAGAGAGUUAAGGAAAAGGUCGAAGAGAAAGAAGGCAUUCCACCCGUCCAACAACGUUUAAUCUACGGUGGUAAACAAAUGUACGUUCGCAGUAUCUUCCUACCCCCGCCAUUCCAUUCCAUCCCUUUCACCAAAAAACUAACACUCAAACCACAACAGGGCAGACGACAAGCUAGUAAAAGACUACGAGCUCGAACCAGGAGCUACAUUGCAUUUAGUACUAGCACUUCGCGGAGGUUCUCUCUAAACCUCCCAUCUUUACAAUGUCCAUUGAUUGCACUGCUGUCUACCUAUCCAAAUACUCCGCACCUUCAUACACACAUACAUACCUUCAUAGCUUUUUUUCAGUAGUCGAUAUCACUUGCAAGUUUUCAUUUGGUUAGGCUUUUUUCAUUUCUUCCUUACGACACGACACGAUGCGAUGCGAUGCGAUGCGAUGCGAUGCGAUGCGAUGCGAUGCGAUGCGAUAUGAUGGACUUAGAAUGACGGCAGAUGAUGGAGCAUUUCAUUAAUGGACGAUAGCAAAAAAUUCGAAUAUUUUACAUAGGGCGUUUUUGCGUGCACGCGUUAAUUCGAUUUAGCUGUCUGAUAUGAGCUUAGAUUUUUUCACUA